GUCGUGCUCUGAAGUCCACUAAAAGCAAACUCUCUAAUGUGAAAGCGUCUACAGAUAUACAGCAAUGCGAGUUCCCUCGCUGGACAUGCACACACGGCGAUGUAAUCCUGUCAGUGUAGGUUGUAUGUAUUGUUGCACGAAGCAACAAAAUGUGACCUGCGUCAUGCAUGUCACUCCGGGCCAGCUGAGUUUAUUUUCAUUUUGAAGAGUCUGUUUACGAUAGUUCACUUCCGCCGUUGUACCCCCGGCCUUUUAAAGGAGUAAGGGGUGGGGGAGAGCAAAAAUCGAUACAAAGUAAGCGAGUGUUUGUGGUAACGUUAACAAACUCCUUCAGUUGUCUCAUUGACUGACUGACUGACAAACAAGUGACUCUUCGAUGCAUAUAUACUGGAUUAUUUUUUUGCUUGGAUACAUUCCUCUGUAACAGUUUUAGCAAGCUGGAGUUGAUGUAUGAUAGCCUGCUAUCUGCAGUCUCUCUCUCUCUCCUCUUGCCUGGGAUCUGGGCUCAGCUGUCAAUCAGCAGCGUUGUUUGUCGUAGCCAGUUUCAGUGCGAGCAGUCCAGUGAAAGCUACAUGUCGGGGGUAAAGCGAAGCUCUGCCAGCCGUUCCAGCCCAUGUCAUCCGGAGCAUUCUCCAGCAGCAGCCGCUCGCUGGCUCUGCUAACCACUCCAUGCAGGAAUUGAGAGUCCGCCUGGCAAAGAGGGAUCUGUCAGAGAACCGCAUUGGUGAAAAUCCAGCACGAUUACUUACCUAUUUAUGUUUGGUGACGCCCCUGGACGGUUCCAUUUUGAGCCUUGGAGGACCAGCAGGGAAAAAAAACCGAGAGAAAGAAAGAGAGCUCUUAGAUAAUAGGAAAGCACUGAACAUGUAGUGAGAGGUGGAGGAGGAUGAAGUGGGCAAGAUCAGCGAUUAAAGUGAUGUCAGUUUAAAAGCCUAAAUCAGAGCGACGACAGUCCCAGCCCAAAACGCCGGCGUCUCUCUCAUUCUGUCCUUGAGAUCCAGAGUGCAUCUCCUCCUCAGACACCACCAAUGCGACCAUGGGAAAUAACAGUGAAUAGGCGGCCUCCCUCAGCCCCUUUCAACCAGCGACGAUUCUCAGGGGAACGGUGCAACACACCAGCACAUCACAGGAGAAGUCCUCCUGCGCGACGCCAGUGGGGUAGGCGUGACAGGCCUUUGCAUAAUCCUAUAAACCAGGAUGAAAACUAUCACCAUCCUCCAUAUUCACAGCAACUGCCUAUAGAUGAAAAUCGAUCUUACAAUCACACAAGCCUAUCACCACGUAUGCUUCACCCUGCUGCACAUCCUCCGCAGCAAAAUCCCGUCAUGGUGGAUCUCCACGAACAGAUGCAUCAAGGAACAGUUCCUGUGUCCUACACUGUAACCACAGUAACGGCACAUGGUUUCCCACUCCAUGCAGGACAACAUAUCCCAGGGUGCAACACGCAACAGGUCCCAGCAUGCUCAGUAAUGUUCAGUGGACAGCACUACCCAGUCUGCUGCGUUCCACCGCCUCUGAUCCAUGCGUGCACAAUGCAGCAUCUGCCAGUCUCUUACCAAGCCUUCCCUCCACUUAUCUCCAGUGAACAUUUUAUACUGCACCCUCCCCAUCUGCCACCCCACCAGCACCCCCACCUUCCUCCCUUGGGCCAGUUUGUUCCAAUCCAGCCACAGCACCCACGACUGCCCCUGCAGAGGAUAGAGAAUGAAGUAGAAAUGAGGGGGGACCAGCACCCAGUUGGUGGUUUUACAUACCCACCUUCACAUCAUCCCCCUGCCAUGCCGACUUCUGUCCCUCUGCAGUAUCUUCCUCAUGAUCCCUUACACCAGGAAUUGCCCUUUGGAGUGCCAUACCCACAUGUUAUGCCACGGAGAAUGACUGGACAACGAUACCGCUUACAACAGCCUUUGCCACCACCUCCACCCUAUUACCCCAGCUUCCUGCCAUAUUUCCUAUCGAUGCUUCCAGUGCCUCCUGCAGUGGGACCAGCCAUUAGUGUGGAAUUAGAGGUAGAGGAUGUGGAAGUGGAAAAUUAUGAGGCACUGCUGAACUUGGCCGAACGACUGGGAGAAGCUAAGCCGCGGGGACUCACCAAAGCAGACAUAGAGCAGCUUCCGUCCUAUAGGUUUAAUCCUGAAAAUCACCAGUCAGAACAAACCUUGUGCGUAGUGUGCUUUAGCGAUUUUGAGUCGAGGCAGCUACUUAGAGUCUUACCCUGCAACCAUGAGUUCCACGCAAAGUGUGUUGAUAAAUGGCUGAAGACCAAUCGUACAUGUCCUAUCUGUCGAGCUGAUGCUUCUGAAGUUCACCGAGAUUUAGAGUAAAGCCAUUUCCGCAGCACAAUAUUGAAGACGUUACCUAGAUGACGUGGGGGAGCACACUGUUCACCCACUCAUCUGUGUUACCUUAAGCCUUCCCCUUGAACAACAGCAAUCUAGGAUCUUAUCUGGAGUCCUGUUACCUCUGUUUGCACCGUGCGAUUUGAUGACUUCAGCAAACACCUAGUAUCUUCGCUUAGAAACCGUUAUGGAGUUGUGUUGUACUAACAUUGUGUUCCAAACUCCAAAGAUUUUAACCUGCGUGUAUUUUGAUGUGUAUUAACAUUUUAUAGUUUGUAUGAUCAUUCCAAGUAUUGACACGAAAUUUGAGGGGUUGUGAUUUCAUCAUAUGCUCGAAAAGAAACAGUAGGUGGAAGACGAUGGGGUACUCUGCCCAGUAAACCCUCCAGCAUACUGUACUGAUGGAGCGAAGCAGGAUGUUUGAGAAGUGUGCGAGUGUGCGUGCGCGUGUCUGUAUGUUAUCUGUGUAAUGUCUGAAUGUACCUAUCCAUGUUUUCUUGUAUUUGUACCAUACACUGGUCUAGUUCUCUUGUGUGCCUUUGCACACACUAUCCUAACCACUUCCAAAAUAUUUCCUGUAUUGUUUGCAUGAAUAACAGUGCGUGAGUGUGUUUGAGUGAAAGAUUAGAGGAGGGAAAAUAUUUAAUGUGCACAUAUGCAUGCGUGUCCAGCCAGCUUGGACUGGUGAUGACUAGCUCUAUCCAGCUGUGGGUGGGGGUGGGAAUCUGUGCUCAGCUAUUACUGCCAUGCACUGUACUGCACACAUACCUAAGCUCACAGCCUUUGUGGUGCAAAAAUUAUUCCAAGCAGCUAAAUUAUUUAGGAUUUGUGGUUGUUGAUUGCUCUGUAGAUGCCACCAAUUGUUUACCAAUGAUUUAUGUGGUGGGAUAGUGGAUUGUUUACUGUUUUAAUUAGUCCUGACCUGAGGGACGGUGGACUCUGUAGGAGACCCAUUGGCCAGGGGCCAGGGCCCUGUGUUCUGUGUUAGGAAGAUUUUUGCUUUGGUACUUGCACAGUUACAGUUACCUCAUUUUGCCAUGUAUGUAUUUGAAAUUUGCUAAUAUAUAUAUAGGAAAUGGUUCUGAUGCUAAACAUUUUGUGUUUUCAUCCCAUUUGAAUCAUAUUGUUGUAGCAUUUAACAUAACUAGUUAUAAUGUAUUAUACAUCUGUAAACCAAAUUGUUUCAGAGACGAAAUUUUUAACAGAUUUGUACUUUUUUUAUGAAAGUUGCUAGUUAUGCUUUACCAGGUAGUGCAAUCAUUUUUUAUUGUUGUGGCUGAUUUGAGAGGGUUGUUCACUAAUAAAUGUAUGAUGUAUACCAACAUAA